ACGAAGAAAACAAUCCUACAUGGAUGCCCUUUUCAAUUUUCCCUCAUAAAGACUGGCUAGAGAAAUGGCGUUGUUAUGGGCAACGGCAGAGGAUUUAUGAUGAUUGCCAUGCUGAAGAAAAGCUGGGCAGUAUAACCAGAAGAGGGCAUUUCUCUUCAGGCUUCUGCAUGGAGAGCUGAAACAGGACCCCCGCUUGCAUUCCAGCUGCUAACUGCAAUAGCAGAUUGACUCACUGCAAGUGAAACGAGCAGAAGCCGAGCCCUCUGUCUCUCUGAGAACAGACAAAAACCAUGGCCAGUAAAAUCCAGGGUUUGAGUGAGGAGGAGAGGGACCACUUACUCCCCCUGCUACGGAACGCCCAAUGGGUGGAGGUUGUGGGCAGGGAUGCCAUCUACAAAGAGUUCAUCUUCAAAGACUUUAACCAGGCCUUUGGUUUCAUGUCCAGGGUGGCACUACAAGCUGAGAAGAUGGACCAUCACCCUGAGUGGUUUAACGUGUACAACAAGGUCCAAAUCACACUCAGCACACACGACUGUGGGGGCCUCUCUCAGAGAGACAUCACUUUGGCUACCUUCGUUGACCAAGCAUCGGUCCUCUAAACAACUCGUGGCCUGCUGCCAUUUCAGUUUAUCAUUUCAGUGGUGGAACCCAGAGCAGAGCCUGCCUAUUAAUCGCUCUCCAUACAUUCAUUCAGAUGACUAACCUUUAACAGGAACAGGAAAUUAUCAAACAGGAAAUUACAUCACAGAAUCCCAAUUAAUAUUUAAUGUUUACAGGUCACUUUUAAUUCAAACAUUUUGCUGGUGUGGUGUUUGUUGCUUGACUGAUGAAGCCAAAUAUACCUUUUAAAAAAUUGCUUUGGUGGAAAGUGGAUUUAUUAGCAACCAGUGAUUAGCCAGUAAAAAAUACCAUAGAUACUGUAUAUCAAACAUUCCUCUGUCCCCAACUGAGCAGAAUCAGGUAAUGUAAAAUCAAGUGUCUAAUGUACAUAUAACUCUAGCUCGGACUCUAAACCUUUGAAAUCUGGGGAAAAUCGAUUUGAUCAUUCCAACAUAUUUGCUAUAUAAAACACUGACUUUGUCUGUGUGUCUGAAAUGGUUUUCGUGUGUAAUGUUUUGUAAGUGACAAAUAGUUGUUUGAAUAACCA